AUGGCUGCAGUUAAUCAUUUUUAUGUUUUGAAUGUUGGGAUGAAUAUUAACCUUAAUUUCAAUGUCAUUUACUUGUUUAACAAUCUCAACCUGCAGUUGAGGAACACACUCUAUGAUCACGACAUUCUUGCAUUCAUCAUUCCAACAUUCCUCACGUUGGUGCAGAUCAGAUAUCCAGCUGAUCAAGAUCUCUUCCAAACACGUUACACACCCUACGGUCAUGAGCGUUGUGCUGUCAAGCUUACUUGCUUAUUGCUUGGCCUUCAGCUUGUGGGUGCUAAGUAUAAGACAUUAUGCUCGUCGACAAAAUCUUGCAUAUGCUCAUUUCUGGUGCCCUAUGGCCAUGAGGCUGUUUGGUUCAGUCUCGUUGCUGCUGCUGCUGGCCUUGCUCCGGAAACUGGUGACCACCACAAGCCCACUUUUGCUGCGACCAGAGAGGAUAGUCAAUACUGGGCCCCACUAUAUUGUUCGAGUGAAUGA